CAGGUAAAGGUGUGUGCGGGAACAGCGCGUGCUCAGUGCAGAGCUGUAACGUGUUAUAACAGGACCGACUCUCCCAGUUCAAAUUCCAGGUAUCUGUUACUGACUGAGACACCGAAUCGGUUUUAGUCUGUUAUGUUAUAACCGGGUGUGUGAGACAGACACCGAGGUGAGAUCUGCACAAUGUUAGGCGCAUCACGGAUUUUGGAGAAGGGGCCCGGUUACUUAAGGAAGCAGAUGGAGCUAGAGCGCGAGGGAAAAGCGCGCGCGAGCGCAACCGAGAGGCUCGCGGCCACUAAGCCUAACUAUGUCAAGAGCCCUCAGGUGACGGAAACCGGUUCCGGUUCCCUGGGUGGCACCGGGUGCACCGACCGGUGUGCACCGGCUCCCGUUAGUGCACCGGCUCCCGUUAGACCUAAAUGUGACGAACAGGAAGAAAACACCGUAAAACGAAACAGCUCUAAGAAACGACCGGACUCUAUUUUACUAUACAGACAGAAGUGCGACUUGCAGAGAGGUUUACCGGGAGCGAACUACCGACGCAAACCGACAUUACUCAGAUCACUGAGAGAGAGAACCAGCGCGGGCGCUCCGGUUUCAGCGGCUCAGGACAACGACAGUUCAUCAGGCUCGGAUCAAGCUCAUGUGGAGCACGAGGACAGAUAUAAAGACGGCGGUGACGGCCCGGUGCCGCGGCGCGUAAACGUGGCGAGGAGAGCCAUUGAAGCAGGAAGGUCCGAGUCGGAGCGCGCGAGGAAAGCGGUGUCACGUUCGCACUCUGACAUCAGCUCGCGCUUCUCCAAAAACUUCGCCGAUUUCGACACGUUUUUUAAAUACUGCGGCCUGGAGAGUGAAGUUGUGGAGUCCCUGGGCAAAGAAAACUUCUCCUCGUGCUCGGAUGACCAUGACCUUGCUUAUGCAAAGAUUCGGAGCGUAAGCGUGGCUACGUCGGACGGGGAGAUUUCACACACCAGCGGUGACAUCGAUGGGCUCCAAGAGGAAGAAGUGAAAGAGACUCGCCAACAAGGUUCAUCCGUCAUAGAGCGCAAUGCUCGAGUGAUCAAAUGGCUGUACAGCUGCAGAAACGCAAGUCAGUCUGGGAAAACGCUGCGAGAUCUGGAUUAGUCACCAAAUCCUGAGUACCUCAGAACUUGGUGCUAAUGUUUACCGCAUGAAGAAAUCGAGACGUGUCAUAGAGUCUUCAUCUCCACCUUAGAAGUAUUCCAAUUUUACUUUAGCGACAACGAAGCGAUUUAGCCCAUCAAAAACUUCAGUGUUAAAGCUUUAAGACGUCGUCAUGCUAACAGCAUAUAUGAGUAACAGUGCAAUCAACCAUGACUAGAUGUUUUGUAUGUCCUCAAAACUCCAAGUUGUGUCAAUUCACAGGUUUGACUGCAUUCAAAGUGAAAUUACGACCUGUAAUUAUUGCAUAUAGCUUGUAAAACCUACAGAAAAUAUCACUUUAGUUUGCAAAUUGGCCUCGUCUUUUUAAAUAGAAAAAACUGAUGCCGGUUCCCUACCGCCAUCUUCCCUGGUUUCUAAAGUGCUAUCAAAUAAACAUUGCCGUUCACACUGUAAACACUAUAACGGCUUUAGCUCAGUUUAUAUACAGACACAGAACAGUUAAAUCGAUAACAUUGGACAAACUAGCCACUGGUUUAAGAAGGCAAUCAUCAACGUUAGCAUUAUCACUAGUAUCACUCAUUUCAGCCAGCUAGCUUGUCGCUAAGCUACUUGCUAUUGUCAGUGGUUGUUGCUGUGUCUAAUAUCAAUCUAAAAAGAUGCCUUAAAUGCUUGAAGUUCUCUACAGUAGAACAACACCAACAACCACUUAGGUCUGGAACAGUAAAAGGGCAGUUAAAGUAACAGAGCAAACAUAAUACACACUUUCAUAGAGCUUUCCAAAACGUGAGGUGGUAAAUGACGUUAUAACAACUUGCACAUCAUGAGCAUCAUGUAAAAGUCUUUAGAACCUGCCACAGACUUCUCCUUCUUUUUAUUCACGCUCGGGCUGAAAUCCAAACCUAAGAUGUUUGAUAUGUUGUUAUAGAGAUAUCUGUUUUCUGACUCCUUUCGUCUGUAAUUCGGAGAUCUACUCUCAUUGUAACUCACAGUUCCUUGUACUUCCAUUUUUUCCCCCACUGUUGUAUCUUUAAGGGACCAUGGAUUCAGAAAUGUCUUAAUUUAUCAAAACAGUAUUGUAGUAUUUUUACUAUAUGGAGUAACUGUGUACAGGAACAAUAGACUAGUAUAUAGAUCCGUGUAUAUAUUUAUAGAUGUGUGUGUGUGUGUGUGUGUGUGUGUGUGUGUGUGUGUGUGUGUGUGUGUGUGUGUGUAUGUUAUUUCCUGUUCAUGAACAUUCAAACUUCCUUCCUGUGUGGCAAAACUCUGAGACCAUUCUGAUUAACCUGCCAGCAACCAUAGCUUGAAAUAAUCCUAUAUAUCAAUAGAAAAAAGAAAUUCUUCUAGAUUAUUUUCCUAUAGCGUUUAAUUCCGCAGUCAUCUGUCACUUAUGCUACAGCAGCUCACAUUGUUAAUGAAUUAAUGAAUGAAAUAUCUUCUUAUAUACUUUUUCUCUCUGUAAAGCUACUAAUGGUGUGGAGCGUCCAUAAGACGAGUACGUCCCUGUUAUCACUGCUAUAACAGCUAAAAACAAUCUCUUGGCAUAAGAAAAUAAAUACACAGUUUAGCAUGUUACGAAGAAACCAUGAAGCACGACGCAAACUGUCUGUCAUGAAGACUUUUUUGUGCCACUGACUGUUACAGAAACACUGAAACUGGAGACCCCUUCCAUAUAGACCUUCUUCUUCUUCUUCUUGCUUUAUUUUUCUGCUAAACUGUUUGGUAGCUGCAAGAUGUCUUUUAAUACUAUAUAUUCUUUGAAUUUAUUGUAAUAUUAUAAGGGAUUUUUUUUGUAUUGCAAAGAAAUAUUAUGCACUUAAAUAUUUACUUCUGACACGUU